CAUCCGCACACGCAAAGCGACGCUGUAUUGUUUUUCUUUCUUUCAGUUCCAUACCAAUUGCGCUCCAGUAGAUGUUUCAUAGUUCAAACAAGCCGAUUUCUCUUCUACUUUCAACCCUAUGCAAAGAUGGAAAGCAGUAACCCAUACUCAUUUCACCUUUUCGGUGAUCUCUGGCUCGAAGACCCUGUCCUGCAUCUCAACGAGAAUGAUCUGGCUAAGUUGGAACAUGUCAUGCCCUACCUUCAUCAACUGGAGACAGAAUUUAAAGCGAGACUUGCAAAAGCAUCAAGAGACAACGAUGGCAAUGAAAGUUUUCGAGAUCGAUUUGAUCUCAUGGUUAAAGCCGAAACAACAGCAUGGAAGCAUUACGGCACCGUACGGGAAGCAACGUUCCUCAUCCCGCCAAGCGGCUCUCUUUAUUCACCUGUUGCAUGCCACUUGCAUUGCCCUUCAUUCACAGUGAUUGAUCCAUACAGCCAAGAAACUGCAGAUGAAUCAAAUGUCUGCAUUAAGCAACUGAUAGACAUCGGUUUCUCUCCUGAUCGAUGCUUGUUGUACGACCAUCUCUCUAGGCGCGAAGCGCUUGAUGGGUUUCAGUUCUGAUGGGUUUCAGUUCUACCCAGCUGAUAUUCUCCGUAUCCAUGAAUCUUUCACCUUAGAACUUAGAAGCCGAAUGUCCGCCAUUGUGGAUAUAUGUUGGGGGGCCUGUGUACGAGAUCGCAUGCAGAAACUUUAUA